AUGGCCGACAACAGUCACGUGACAGAUCCGCGGGGCACCUGGCAUCGUCACGUGACGGGUGGCGGCGUCAAUCCCCGUCACGUGGCGAGCACGUCGCGCCGUUUUCCCCCAUCACGUGCCGAGUACCUGACGCCUGCGCGUCGGCAGGCCCGCGCCCAGCUGGAGGGCAGGACCCCUUCUUCUGUUGCCCCCGCCGACGGGGCGGCCAUGGCCGGGGGGGGCCGGCCACAGUCCCGGCCCCCGGCUGCCUGGGGAGUGUCGCGGACGUGCACCCUGACUGUCUUGGCGUUGACCACCCUCCUGUGGGCCUCCCUCCUCCAUCUGCCCAGCGUGGUCCUCCUCGAACCCACCUCCGCCUCCCCAGGCCCGGGAGACCCCGACGGAGCCUGUCGAGAGGUCAGAGGUCAGGACCCCGCCCGGUGUGCGGUGCCCCCGGACGCCCGCUUCGACUGCGCCCCCGAGAAGCCCGUGAGCCGGGAGGAGUGUCAAGACCGGGGCUGCUGUUACGCCCCGAGUGGGACGACCCCCCGGGGGGCUCGGGGCUGGCAGCCUUGGUGCUUUUUCCCUCCGGACUUCCCCACCUACCACCUGCAUAACCUCACUGUCACCCAGGAGGGCUUCAGCGCCAUCCUGACCCGCCCCGACCCUUCCUUCUUCCCCCGGGACGUCCUCACCCUGCAGCUCACGGUCGCCCUGGAGAACCAGGCCCGGCUCCAUUUCACGAUCAAAGACCCGGCCAACAAGCGCUACGAAGUGCCCUUGGAGACCCCGAAAGUAAGCAGCCGGGCCCCCUCUACGCUAUACGACGUGGACUUUUCCCACGAUCCCUUCGGCCUGAUCGUCCGGAGGAAGUCUGACGACCUGGUGCUGCUGAACACGACGGUGGCCCCGCUGUUCUUCGCGGACCAGUUCCUGCAGCUGUCCACCUCUCUGCCGUCUCACUACAUCACGGGGCUCGGGGAGCACCAGACGCCCCUCAUCCUCAGCACCAACUGGACCAAGCUCACCCUGUGGAACCGAGACAUGGCGCCCGCGCCCGAAGCCAACCUCUACGGCUCCCACCCCUUCUACCUGGUCCUGGAGGAGAGCGGGAAGGCCCACGGGGUCUUCCUACUGAACAGCAACGCCAUGGACGUGGUGCUGCAGCCUACUCCAGCCCUGACUUACAGAACCAUCGGCGGCAUCCUGGACUUCUACGUCUUCCUGGGCCCGGAGCCCGGGAGCGUCGUGCAGCAGUACCUGGAGGUGGUAGGGUAUCCGCUCAUGCCACCUUACUGGGCUCUGGGCUUCCACCUGUGCCGCUGGGGCUACUCCUCUACCACCAUCACCCGGGAGGUCGUGGAGAACAUGACGGGGGCCCACUUCCCCCUGGACGUCCAGUGGAAUGACAUAGAUUAUAUGGACGCCAAGAAGGAUUUUACCUUCAACAAUGACACCUUCCGAGAUUUCCGGGCCAUGGUGCAAGAGUUUCACCGGGGCGGCCGAAGAUACGUCAUGAUUGUGGACCCAGCCAUCAGCAGCUCCGGUGCCGCAGGGUCUUAUAGACCCUUUGACGAAGGGCUGAAGAGAGGAGUGUUUAUUACCAACGAGACCGGGCAGCCGCUGAUUGGGAAGGUGUGGCCGGGUGCCACCGCCUUCCCCGACUUCACCAAUCCCGAGACCCGGCUGUGGUGGCACGACAUGGUGGCGGACUUCCACCGGAAGGUGCCUUUUGACGGCAUGUGGAUUGACAUGAACGAGCCAUCCAACUUUGUGGACGGCUCCGUGGAUGGAUGCCCGGACACCCAGCUGGACGACCCACCCUAUGUGCCAGGGGUGGUUGGUGGGAGUCUGCGGGCGGCAACCAUCUGUGCCUCCAGCUGCCAGUAUCUGUCCUCCCACUACAACCUGCACAACCUCUACGGGCUGUCGGAAGCCAUCGCGUCCCACGACGCCCUGGUGAAGGUGCGGGGCAAACGCCCCUUCGUCAUCUCCCGAUCGACCUUCGCUGGCCACGGCCACUACGCCGGCCACUGGACCGGAGACGUCUGGAGCAACUGGGACCAACUGUACUACUCCGUGCCAGGGAUGCUCCUGUUUAACCUUUUUGGGGUGCCUCUGGUGGGGGCCGACAUCUGCGGCUUCUUGGGAGACACCUCUGAGGAGUUGUGUGUACGCUGGAUGCAGCUGGGGGCCUUCUACCCCUUCAUGAGGAACCACAACGAUGUCCACAGCCAGCCCCAGGAGCCGUACGUGUUCGGCGAGAUAGCGCAGCGAGCCAUGAGGAAGGCCCUGACCCUGCGCUACUGGCUGCUGCCCCACCUCUACACCCUGUUCCACGUGGCCCACGCCACGGGUGACACCGUGGCCCGCCCGCUCUUCUUCGAGUUCCCCGCGGACCCCAACACCUGGACCGUGGACCGCCAGUUCCUGUGGGGGUCGGCUCUCCUCAUCACCCCCGUGUUGGACAGCGGGAAGACGGAGGUGUGCGGCUACUUCCCACCGGACUCUUGGUAUCCCCUGCAGAUGGACGCCCUGGAGUCCCCCUGCACCCUCUGCUCCCCGCGACCGCUCAGCCCCACUGUCAUCCACAGUAAGGGGCAGUGGGUCACCCUGCCUGCCCCGCUGGAGACCAUCAAUGUCCACAUCCGGGCUGGACACAUCAUCCCGCUGCAGGUGCCCGGACUCACGACCACAGAGUCCCGCAGACAGGACAUGGUCCUGAUCGUGGCCCUGACUGCCAGCGGAGCAGCCCGAGGUCAGCUAUUCUGGGACGAUGGGGAGAGCCUGGGGACCCUAGAGAGGGGAGCCUACACCCAAAUCGUCUUUCUGGCCAACAACAACACCAUCCAGAAUGAGCUGGUGCAGUUGUCUGGCGAGGGGGCGGACCUGAAGCUGAGCAAAGUGUCCGUCCUGGGCGUGCCCAGCACCCCCAAAGAGGUCGUGGUCAAUGGAGCCGCCACGGCCAACUUCACCUACUGCGCGGAAACCCAGAUCCUGGGCAUCCCGGUGUCUCUGCCUCUGGAGGACCACUUUCUCAUCAGCUGGUCCUAACCCCGGACGCAUCUUCGCCUCCCGGGGGGAGGAAAACGGACAUGAGGCGGGGGAAAGUACAACCUCCUUCCCUCCACGCUCCCCCGGCCCUCAACCUUGGCUGCUUUGAUCUGGAUUCUGGGCCGUAGGACGGGGCACAGUCCCCUUAAGGGUGACCGACUUCGGAUCGCCUUGCCUGGAGCGUCCAGCGACCGCCGUAGAAGCGCUCUCCCUUGCUGGCAGCAGGAUGCAACAGUAGCUGAAUGUGCACCCCACCCUGGAAGGGGCUUGCGAGCCGUGGGUUGGUUUGGCUCGGUUGCCUUUGGGUCUUCUUUGAAAACCACAAAGCCUGGGUCCGAUGCUUCUCGGAGCUUCAGAGUACGACCUUCAGGGGUUCCGCAGUGGGAAGAGCCUGAGGCCCCUUGACCAGCUCCACCGAACUGUCCGGAGAGGUGGUUUGGGCUGGCCCUGACCCUAAUGGAGGUGGGGAGAGUGGGAGCAUAAUCUUUGCGUGUGGGCGUCCUCAGCUAUCCCUGUGUCCCGCUGGGACUAUACCAAGCCUUGGCAGCCCCCCUUGGAGGAAAUUCUCCCCUCACCUACCCCUCCUCCCUCGCCUGGAAGGGUAGUCCGGACUCUUGUUCCUACAGGGUGCUGGGACCAUUGACCCACCACGUCUUCCUGUGACGGGAUUGGCACCCCAGCUGGCUCGUCGGCCGGAGUUACGGUCCUCCCUCAGCCCGAGGGAGGCGGGUAAGGUGGAGCUCUGGACCCCCCAGUCCCCCAUCCCAGCACCUCCCUUGCCCUUCAGCUGUUCUUUCUCCCUACUGCCCGGUGCCUCGCAGGCAUGGCCUGGCCCGAGAGAGCGGUCAGAGGGGCCCGGGCCGUACGGACAGGACGGCCGCAGACACCCCACAGGGCACAGUCGGCAACCCAGAGGAUUUGGAGGCCAUCAGCGUACCCUGUCUCCUUCCUGUUCAGUGAUUUCUAAUAAAAGCGGCAUUCGGAUCCCC